AUGGACGUCAUACGAAAGACAAACUUGUCCAGGUAUAAAUCUCACAGUUUCAUCACCUGGCUCAAUACUUAUUGCUCAAGUGAGAUCAGGGAUAUUUUUAAACUCAAAGAUUCGAGUUAUGUACCAGGGCCGCUUCAGUACCUAGGAAACUCAGAUGGGAAGAUUACCCCCCCGUAUAUCCUCAGAUGCAAUACAGAGGAUGGGUUUAUCGAGGCAUCUGCUAAUUUGUUGCUAUAUAAAAUAACGGAAAAACUAAAUGAAUCACACGAUUCUAUAGCACUGAUUGGAUUUAGUGGUGGAAUUACUCCACUGAAGAUUUUUGAACGUCUUGCCGAACUGCAAGAUUUGACUAUUGACACUAGCAGACUUUACAUUUUCAUAGUGGAUGAAAGGUAUACCAAAAAUGCCAGCGAUUCUAAUUGUGAAAUGGUCAGACGCACGUUGAUUUCAAUUUGGCAAAUACCUGAAAGUAAUGUUAUAUUUCCAGACUUAAAUCUACCCAUUGAUGAAUGUAUAGCGGAUUAUCAGCUCAGGCUGGGUAAAAUACUUCAAAUUACUACUCCAUACUUUGUUACUUUGGGUCUAGGGAAUGAUGGUCAUAUUGGGGGGUUAUUUCCUGAAUAUAUUCAAAAUUUCACCACACAACAACUUAUCAGUGAUACACAAUUAGUAAUUAAAACUGAAACAAGCCAGUUUACCUGUAAUCAAAGACUUACAGUGACAUUACCAGUACUUAUGAGCGCCAAAACUAAGAUUUUUUUCAUAAAGGGGGAGAAAAAGUACGAAUGCUGGAAGGAAAUGAUUGACACAGGACUUAGUAUUGUUAGAUAUCCCGCGACAUAUUUGUUCACUAAACCCGGAUGUAUUUGUGUAUUCGACUCUAGCGGUUGUAAAUUGCAGUCUGUUUAUUCUAAUUAUUCAGACGAUGAUUUCUUAUCAGUUGUGAUAUUUGGCUCAAAUGGUGAUCUGUCAAGGCGUCGUUUAUUUCCCGCAUUAUUUCAUUUGUUCUACUGUGGAUUAUUGCCUUCAAAUUUCAAAAUUAUAUGUGCCACUAGAUCCAGAAUUUCCUUUGAUGACUACUUUUUCAUAAUUUCUAACGAUAUUUUCUCCUCAAUCCUUACCAACAUUUACAUGUGCAAUCCAGCAAUCAGGUUUGAUUUCCCUACUUCUAUAGAUGCAUUUAAGCAACACUGUUCUAUUGUAAAACUGGUUUAUGACGGAACUCAUGUUAAAAAGUUGCAAGACAAACUUGAGGAAUUUGAAAAAGGUUAUAAGGCAAAAAGGUUGUUUUACUUGGCAACUCCAAGCAGCGCUUACAAGUCCAUAUUGGAUUUAAUUAAUAAAGUACAUCCAAAUAGCACUAACAGCAAUCGUGUGAUGCUGGAAAAGCCAUUUGGUACAGGUUUGAGCUCUUGUAUCGAAUUGACUGGGAUGAUCAAACAAAUGGGAAAUGUUAAAGAUAACUUUAUAGUUGAUCAUUACAUUGGCAAGGCUGUCCUCAAAUUCAUACUGUCAGUUCGAACAUCCAAUAAUUACAAAUAUUUAUUCAGCAACGAGUAUGUAAAUAACAUUCAUAUUGAACUGUUGGAAGAGGCAUGCGCGGGAAAUCGUCCUUAUUUUGAGAAUUACGGAAUUAUCCGCGAUAUGUUACAGAAUCAUGCAAUGAUUUUACUCUCAUAUAUAACUAUGUCAUUGAACUCAGUAUAUGACAAUAGUUCAACUGGAAAUGAAUCAUUUGUUGAAGUAAAUAAUGUAAAUGAUAAGUUUCACUUUAACCAUGCAUUUCCCUUCCAUCAGAAGAGAUUGGAAUUGCUAAAGGCAGUGGAAACCAUUUCACUUGAUAAUGUUGUGGUGGGCCAGUAUGUUAGCGAUGGUUAUAUGCCCGGGUUUAAAGAUACAUUACUUGAUCAGAAAAAUUCAAAAUGUCCAACUUUUUCCACCAUAAAGUUGUCUAUUAACAAUCCCCAAUGGCUAGGUGUGCCAAUAGUCAUCACAGCAGGCAAAGCAUUGCGUGAGCGAAUUGGAAGGAUCACUAUGACGUUUAAGUCAUCUGAUAAAUUACAGGCUAAUAUGCUGAAUAUUGGUAAGUUGAUAUUUAUGGUUCAUCCUAAACCCAUGGCUUAUUGGGUAGAUUUCAGUAAUGUCAAUGAGCAAUCGGCAUCACCUGUUGAUAAUGACUAUAUGGACCAAGACUUGGAAUUCUUUAGCCAAUCCAUUAACCAGAUACCAUUACCAGGAGUUGCAUAUGAGGAUCUAAUGAAACCAAUUGCUGGUGCCUAUGAAAAUGUACUACUAAACGCCCUUUGGGGAUAUAGACAUUUGUUCCCAACGAUUGAAGAAGUGAUUGAGUGUUGGAGAAUUUACGACCAAGUCCUAACACAACUGGAUGUAAACGGUGUAUCCCCUUACGAGUAUGUUAGGGGUAGUGAUGGGCCUAAGGAGAAGGAGCUGAUUCACGGGUGUCUAAAAUGA